AUUCAUUAUGUGGCCUCUGCAACUGAUCAUCUCUGUCUUCCUACUUCUCCCACCAUCACUACUCUCCGCGGCUCUAAAUGCCAAACCGGGAUGCCUGGACCGGUGCGGAGAUUUACUCAUUCCAUAUCCAUUUGGAGUUGGGCCAAAUUGCAGCUACAGCCCACAUUUUGACAUCAACUGCGAUUAUUCCACUGACCCUCCAAAAGCUUACCUCUCCAUCAUGAAAAAACAAGUGAUUGAAUUCAAUCAAACUUACAUUCGCCUCAAAAACCCCUUCAUGAUUUCAGCUUGUUAUGGUCUGUCAACAGACAAUCAACGCAGUAUGACUGUGAACUUGUCUGGAACUCCCUAUAUGCUCUCGAAUAAAAACGUGCUCACUGUUAUCGGGUGUGAUGAUAUGCUGCUGCAAUACAAAGGAAGUUCCACCAUUGGCGGCUGCUCGGUGUUUUGUGCUGAUAAGAGUGAUGCCGGCUUCGGAGAUUGCCACUUUAAUGGUUGUUGCCAUCAAGCAGUAGGCUACGGAGAUGAAGUACGUUUCUUGGAAGCAGAACUGAUUGACUUGAGCAGAAGAUCACAACGUAAAAAGCUUUUACCGUGCAGCUAUGCUUUUAUCCAGGAAAGGACAAAGAGGAAUGAAACCGUAUUUACAUAUCCUUUGUACUAUCUGAAUAACUCAACAGCAUUGUUAAAUGAUGAUUGGGCAUCUGCAUCAAGGCCACCGGUAGUGCGCUUGGACUGGCUCGUUGGGACUGAGAACUGCAGCCGAGCUAUGAAUUCCAACACUUACGCAUGUCUAGACGAAAAGAGUGUUUGUGCUGAUUAUUAUAUAUGCUGA